CCGCCGUUUCUUCGGUCUUCGGCCCAGUGGAAGUCACUGCUGCCCUCGAAGAGGAGGCAGCGACAGCGGUAGCCGCCCUCGCCUCGCCUCGCCGCCCCCGGUUCGGUGCCCGCGGUCCCGGAGAGGAGGUGCCGCCGCCACCGCCGCUCCCCCCCUCCCGCAGCCCUCGGGCCGGGCUGGGUCGAGCUGCGAUGCCCUCGGACUUCAUCUCAUUGCUCAGCGCGGACCUAGACCUGGAAUCGCCCAAGUCCCUGUACUCGCGAGAAUCUGUCUAUGAUCUUCUCCCAAAGGAGUUACAAUUACCUCCACCUAGAGAAACAUCUGUAGCAUCAAUGAGUCAGACAAGCGGUGGUGAGGCAGGGUCGCCUCCUCCAGCUGUAGUUGCUGCUGAUGCUUCUUCAGCUCCCUCCUCUUCCUCCAUGGGCGGUGCUUGCAGCUCCUUUACCACCUCUUCCAGCCCUACCAUUUAUUCUACCUCAGUCACCGACAGCAAGGCUAUGCAAGUGGAGAGCUGCUCCUCAGCCGUGGGGGUAAGUAACAGAGGGGUAAGUGAAAAGCAGUUAACCAGUAACACAGUCCAGCAGCAUCCAUCAACACCGAAGAGGCACACAGUCUUGUACAUCUCACCACCACCUGAGGACUUGCUGGAUAACAGUCGGAUGUCCUGCCAGGAUGAGGGGUGUGGAUUGGAAUCUGAGCAGAGCUGCAGUAUGUGGAUGGAGGAUUCCCCCUCCAACUUCAGUAACAUGAGCACCAGUUCCUACAAUGAUAACACUGAGGUACCUCGUAAAUCACGAAAACGAAAUCCAAAGCAGAGGCCGGGGGUCAAACGACGAGACUGUGAAGAAUCUAAUAUGGAUAUAUUUGAUGCCGACAGUGCCAAAGCACCUCACUAUGUGCUUUCUCAGCUUACUACGGACAGCAAAAGCAACUCAAAAGCAGGAAAUGGAACAUUAGAAAACCAAAAGGGAGCUGGAGUAAAGAAGAGCCCUAUGUUGUGUGGACAGUAUCCUGUUAAAAGUGAGGGAAAGGAGCUGAAGAUAGUGGUACAACCUGAGACCCAGCACCGAGCUCGAUACCUAACUGAGGGCAGCCGUGGCUCUGUAAAGGACAGAACUCAGCAAGGCUUUCCUACAGUAAAGCUGGAAGGCCAUAGUGAACCAGUAGUGUUGCAAGUGUUUGUGGGUAAUGACUCUGGUCGAGUAAAACCACAUGGCUUUUAUCAGGCCUGCAGGGUAACUGGACGAAAUACAACUCCUUGCAAAGAAGUGGAUAUCGAAGGCACUACUGUUAUAGAAGUUGGCCUUGAUCCUAGCAACAAUAUGACACUGGCGGUGGACUGUGUCGGAAUAUUGAAAUUGAGAAAUGCUGAUGUUGAAGCCAGAAUAGGAAUUGCUGGUUCCAAGAAAAAAAGCACUCGUGCCAGAUUGGUUUUUCGAGUUACUAUCACAAGGAAAGAUGGCUCCACAUUGACACUGCAAACACCCUCUUCUCCAAUUUUAUGUACCCAGCCAGCAGGCGUGCCAGAAAUCUUAAAGAAAAGUUUGCAUAGCUGUUCGGUAAAAGGAGAAGAAGAAGUGUUUUUAAUUGGAAAGAAUUUUCUGAAAGGAACUAAGGUUAUUUUCCAAGAAAAUGUUUCUGAUGAAAACUCUUGGAAGUCAGAAGCUGAAAUCGACAUGGAAUUAUUUCAUCAGAAUCAUCUUAUUGUGAAGGUGCCCCCAUAUCAUGACCAACAUAUAACUCUGCCUGUAUCAGUGGGAAUAUACGUAGUUACCAAUGCUGGAAGAUCGCAUGAUGUUCAGCCAUUCACUUAUACUCCAGACCCAGGUAUGUUAAAUAAAUAUAUUAAGAAACAAAUUAAANNNCCUGCGAGACCUUGUUCUUUUGAAGAGGCCAUGAAAGUAAUGAAAACUACUGGAUGUAACUUGGAUAAGGUAAAUAUCCUUCCUAAUGCCCUGAUCCCUCCACUCAUGUCAAGCAGUAUGAUUAAGAGUGAAGAUGUUACUCCAAUGGAAGUAACAGCAGAAAAAAGAUCUUCCCCUAUUUUUAAGACUACAAAAACAGUUGGAUCAAAUCAGCAAACUUUAGAAACUAUCUCUAACAUAACAGGAAAUGGGUCUUUUUCAUCAUCAUCAUCUUCCCACUUAUCAUCUGAAAAUGAAAAGCAGCAACAGAUUCAGCCCAAGGCAUACAACUCAGAGACCCUAACAACUAUCCAAACACAGGACAUUUCACAGCCUGGUACCUUUCCAGCAGUUUCUGCUUCUAGUCAACUGCCUAAUAGUGAUGCACUACUGCAGCAAGCUACACAGUUUCAGACAAGAGAAACUCAAUCUAGAGAGGUAUUACAGUCAGAUGGUACUGUGGUUAAUUUGUCACAGCUGACUGAGGCAUCACAGCCACAACAGUCACCACUACAAGAACAAGCACAGGCUUUACAGCAGCAGAUUUCAUCAAAUAUUUUUCCAUCACCAAAUAGUGUGAGUCAGCUCCAGAAUACUAUUCAACAGUUGCAAGCAGGAAAUUUUACGGGCAGUACUGCUAGUGGCAGCAGUGGAAAUGUUGACUUGGUCCAGCAAGUUUUAGAGGCUCAACAACAGUUAUCUUCUGUUUUAUUUUCUGCUCCAGAUGGUAAUGAGAACGUUCAAGAACAGCUUAGUGCAGACAUUUUUCAACAAGUCAGUCAAAUUCAAAAUAGUGUAAGCCCUGGAAUGUUUCCCUCAGCAGAGCCAGCAGUCCAUACCAUACCAGAUAAUUUAAUCCCUGGAAGAGGUGAAAAUGUUCACCAACAGACUGACAAUGCAUUAUCUAAUCAGCAACAGCAACAGCAGCAACAGCAAGUGAUGGAAUCGUCAGCUGCAAUGGUGAUGGAGAUGCAACAGAGUAUUUGUCAGGCAGCUGCCCAAAUUCAGUCAGAAUUAUUUCCUUCAACCGCUACAGCAAAUGGAAACCUUCAACAAUCUCCAGUUUACCAGCAGACUUCUCACAUGAUGAGUGCAUUAUCUACCAGUGAGGACAUGCAGAUGCAGUGUGAAUUGUUUUCUUCUCCGCCUGCAGUUUCUGGAAAUGAAACUUCUGCAACCACCACUCAGCAGGUUGCAACCACUGGCACUAACAUGUUUCAGACAUCAAGUUCAGGAGAUGGAGAAGAAACUGGAGCACAAGCAAAACAGAUGCAGAGUAGUGUCUUUCAGACCAUGGUCCAAAUGCAGCACAGUGGGGACAGUCAACCUCAAGUUAAUCUCUUCUCAUCUACAAAAACAAUGAUCAAUGUUCAGAAUAGUAGUACCCAGCAGCAAGGCAACGGUUUGUUCCAGCAAGGUAAUGAGAUGAUGUCACUUCAGUCUGGGAAUUUUUUGCAGCAGUCUUCUCAUUCACAAGCUCAGCUUUUUCAUCCUCAAAAUCCUAUUGCUGAUGCUCAGAACCUUUCCCAGGAAACUCAAGGUUCUAUUUUUCAUAGUUCAGGCCCUAUGGUCCACAGUCAGACUUCUACAACCUCCUCUGAACAAAUGCAGCCUCCAUUGUUUCACUCUCAAAGUACCAUUGCUGUGCUACAGGGCUCCUCUCAAGACCAGCAACCAACCAACAUAUUUCUUUCCCAGAGUCCUAUGAGUAAUCUCCAGACUAACACAGUAGCUCAAGAGGAACAGAUUUCAUUUUUUGCAGCACAGAAUUCAAUUUCUCCACUUCAGUCAACAUCAAAUUCUGAGCAACAAACUGCUUUCCCACAGCAAGCUCCACUAUCACACAUUCAGACCCCUAUGCUUUCCCAAGAACAGGCACAACCGUCUCAGCAGGGUCUAUUUCAGCCUCAGGUAUCUCUGGGCUCCCUUCCACCUAAUCCAAUGCCUCAGAACCAACAAGGAGCAAUCUUCCAGCCUCAGCAUUCAAUGGUUGCCAUUCAGAGUAACUCUCCAUCUCAGGAGCAGCAGCAGCAGCAGCAGCAGCAGCAACAGCAGCAGCAGCAGCAGCAGCAGCAGAGCAUUUUAUUCAGUAAUCAGAAUACCAUGGCUACUAUGGCAUCCCAAAAGCAACCAACACCUAACAUGAUAUUCAGUCCUAAUCAAAAUCCAAUGGCUAAUCAAGAGCAACAGAACCAGUCAGUUUUUCACCAACAAAAUAAUAUGGCACCAAUGAAUCAAGAUCAACAGCCCAUGCAAUUUCAGAAUCAGCCCACAGUUUCCUCACUUCAAAACCCAGGUUCUACCCAGUCUGAAUCACCACAAACCUCCUUGUUCCAUACGUCUUCUCAGAUUCAGUUGGUCCAAGGGUCACCAAGUUCUCAAGAGCAGCAAGUAACCCUCUUCCUUUCUCCAGCAUCUAUGUCUGCAUUGCAGAGCAGUAUAAACCAACAAGACAUGCAGCAGUCUCCUCUUUAUUCUCCUCAGAACAACAUGCCUGGAAUCCAAGGAGCCACAUCUUCACCUCAACCACAGACUGCUUUAUUUCACAACACUGCAGGAGGCACAAUGAAUCAACUACAAAAUUCUCCUGGCUCAUCUCAACAGACGUCAGGAAUGUUCUUAUUUGGCAUUCAAAAUAACUGUAGUCAGCUUUUAACGUCUGGACCAGCCGCAUUGCCAGAUCAGUUGAUGUCUAUAAGUCAGCCUGGCCAACCACAAAAUGAGGCCCAGCCACCUGUGACAACACUUCUGUCUCAGCAAAUGGCAGAGAAUUCUCCACUGGCAUCAUCUAUAAAUACCAGUCAGAACAUUGAAAAGAUUGAUUUGCUUGUUUCGUUACAAAACCAAGGAAACAAUUUAACUGGCUCCUUUUAA